AUGGCACAAUCAUUACUCCAGCCAGUCGGCAGCCUCUCGCCUGCUGAGACUCUGAAAUUGGCCCAACAAGCACCCGAGAUUCUACGAAAGAACCCCAGAGCAUUCUCGGCCUCGCCUCUAUCCUCCCUCUUCUCAGCUCCAGAGACCGCCGAUAUUUGGACGAUAUAUGAAAACUUGAUGAUCGCAUGCCUUCGGACGGGUGACGAUGAAGCUGCGAACGAAUGCCUGGAACGAAUAGUCACCCGAUUUGGUGAUAGGCAUGAUCGCGUGUUAUCAUUAAAGGGGCUGGUGAAGGAGGCGACCGCUGCCAACAAUACAGAGCUGGACAAGAUUUUGGAGGAAUACGAUGCUCUCCUCCAACAGAACGAUGCAAAUAUUCCUAUUUGGAAGCGCAAAAUAGCUCUUCUCCGAUCCAUGGGCAAAGUCCCUGAAGCUGUCACAGCGCUAAACGCCUUCCUUGAUGUUUGUCCUACCGAUCCAGAAGCAUGGGCCGAGUUGGCCGACAUGUAUGUCACUCAAGGACUGUACGCUCAAGCCAUUUAUGCAUUGGAAGAAGUUCUCGUAUUUUCGCCGAAUGCCUGGAACAUUCAAGCCCGACUGGGCGAAGUGUCGUUAAUGGCUGCUGCGUCAGCGUCAGAAGGAGGUCCGCAAAAGCACUAUGCAGAAGCGGUGAAGCGCUUCUGUCGUAGCAUAGAGCUUUGCGAAGAUUAUUUGCGCGGAUACUACGGCCUGAAGCUUGCGACGGACAAGCUUCUCCAAAAUGCACCCAAGUCCAAAAAGGACCCAGAUGGAUUUCCCCUACCGGACCAAUCGACCAUUGAGAAGCUGAACCAAGCCGCCACCGAGAAGCUGGGCGAAAUUGUGCGUCGUAAUGGGGCCAAGGAAAAGCUGUGGCAAGGUUACGACGCCGGCGAGAUUGCUGCAGCUCGAGAACUUUUAGACAGCUCAUCUGCCAAGGUGGUUCGGUAA